AUGGUGGAUCCAACAUUUUUGCGUGUAAUUCUAACUGGAUUGUAUCCAGUGACUCUUUUAAUCGGACUUUACGGAAACAUCUCGGGAUUAAUCGUUCUUUUCCGUCAGCGGAAGAAGACGGCAAGUCUGAUUCUGCUGCAGAGUAUAUGUAUGGGGAACUUAAUCUCUGUUGUGCUGGUGUUCUGGUUGGUUUUAAGGAUAAAUCUGAAACUAUACGGUCUCGAAUCAAAUGUCACCGAAAACAGUGAAUGGCAGUUGAAAGUUUAUGCUUUUAUUGGAAACAUCCCGAUAUCAUGGAUCGCGUUUUCUACGGCCGUGAUUGCAAUCGAACGGGCCUGUGUGAUGACGAUGCCGAUGACAUUUCACAAUGUGUGGACGACCCGCAAAAUGUAUGUCGCCGUAGUCGUGAUUUAUAUUCUAGGCCUGACUGCUCCCACUGCAAAACUAGUCGAUAGUGUGGAUAAAAAGGUCGUGACUCUGAUAGAUACCAUCAUCACAAGACUGAUUCCAAUCAUAGUCGUUGUCAUUGGUAACGUAAUAACUUCAACUGCGUUUUGCCUUCAUUCGGAAAACAACCACAGACUGGUACGGCAGUUGAGCGACAAGGGUACAGCCAAUCGCUUCCGAAAGCGCAAAAUCGACCAGAGAAAUCGACUAACUAAAGCCAUCAUUGUUCUCAUGGUCGCAUUUCUGUUCUGCGUUGUUCCCAAGACUGUUUUCACUUUGAUAGUAGUCUUCGGAGAAUUCAGAGUUCGCUCAUUUCUGUUCCUUCCGCAGACCAAUAUGGAUAUGACGAUGGUGUUCAUCAUGUAUUUAGAAGUACUUCACUGUUGCAUAAACGCCUUCCUAUACAUUCUCUCUUAUCGAGAUUUCAAACGAGAGUUCAUAAAUGUCAUGCGCUGCAGCUGUCAUAGACCUGCCCGGAAGUACGAUAGUCGGAUGUCAGAGCGGAGUACAUUGUCUACGCAGAACUCAGUAGAUUCAGCGUUGUCCCUGUACAGAGAAAAUUCGUCGACGGAUUUGAUGAAAGAGGCUACCUUGUCAGAAUCAAUCAGCAAAUACUGA